AUGAAGAGGACCUGCCCGGUGCCGGAGAUCAAACCCCUGGACCAGUACGACAUCAGCCGGGCCAAGAUGUGCGCCAGUGUCCGGUGGCUGCUGUCGAAGUCGUACGGCUCUGCAGAGAACGUCCCCGUGGAGUUCCGGGAGCCGCUCUACAAGGACCAGUGGAAGCAGGAGCACCUGAAGCCGGCCGUCUCCAAGCUGCUCGUGUCCCCGGAGAUCUACUGCCGAGCCCAGGCCCUGCUCGCCCAGGCACACGGGGUCUCCGGGCCCGCGGUGCAGGGGUCGCCCGCCGACAACUCCGCCCUCCUGCAGCUCCUCAUCAAGAAGGGUUUCGCUGCCAGGGUCCAGGAAGUAGACGUCACAGAGGAGGACCUGAGCAGCGUCCCCAUCAAGACGAAGUCCCACCUGGCCCUGAUUGACUCUCUGAUGUCACUGGCAGCUGAAGAGACGGUGGGCCGGGUUAAGAUGGCGGUGGAGGCGGGGCAGAUGGGCGUCUUGUCUCCGUGGGAAAACGCGCUGCUCUUCUGGGUCAACAGGCUGAACCAGAAGUUGAGGGAAAGCACAGAAGAAGAAGAGCCGCUCAGAUCCCAGACGUGCACGGACCUGCAGUCGGUCCAGGACACGUGUCCAUCCAACCGCUGGUACUGGAAACUAGUCCCACAUGCUAUCGCUUUUUGUUUGAAGGAGUCGGGGAAUAAGCCGCCAGUGAUCCGUUACAGGAAGGACAAAGUGCUGUCUAAGCUCACUCCCACUUUCCCUCUGGUUUCUGCGGUCAAGGAUCUGUCUAAUGGCUGCGCUAUAGCUGCUGUGCUGCACUACUACUGCCCAAGCCUGCUGCCUCUAGAGGACGUGUGUCUGAAAGACACCAUGUCCGUGGCCGACAGUCUCUACAACCUGCAGCUGAUCAGAGAGCUUAGUGAGAGCAGUUUACAGAGCUGCUGCCCCCUGGCUGUGGAGGACCUGCUCUACGCUCCUCCUGUUCUUCAUCUGAACAUCAUGAGCUUCAUAGCAGAGCUGUUGGACUGGUUCGAGGUCAAGAAGCCGGAUUUCGUUCAGACCCUACAACCCAUCGACCUCACAGACAUCUCAUGUUUCCUGGACUGUACAAGUCCUGUCAGUGGAAACAGCAACAGCGGCUCUCCUUCCUUUAUCUUCAAACAACCCUUUGUGCCCAUCUCCUCUCCGGUGUCACCGGAAAACAAAAGUUGGACAAAGAAACAAAUCAGUCGUCCUCUCUCAGCAGUGACUUUCAGCAUCCCAUUUGGGCUGGACAGUGAUGUUGACAUUGUCAUGGGAAACCCAAUAGAUUCUGUCUUUCGCUCCGUCAGCACUGACAGCCUCACCGCCGGCAUCCCUGCCAUGACCGAGCCGGUGACCGCGGCUGGGAUGACUCGGGUUCCGUACAGCCCUCCGGAGGACCUCAGCCACCUGGUCAGCGCCUCGGCCCCAUCGCAGCGCUCCUCCUGGGGGCCGUACGCUCACACGGCACCACUAGGGGAGCUGCCGACCAUCGAGGAGGCGCUACAGGCGGUUCAUACUCCCAACAGCAAAGAUCGGAAGAAGGGAAGGACGCCCGAGAAGGUUGGAAGAGGGGUGUUGGGAGGACGGCCAGAGCCCAGGUUGCGUCCCGAGGGAGCUCCUGCUGGUUUUUUCCUGCACUCCCCUGAGGAAAAGAAUCCUGAGCUCAGCAGCUCUGCUCCCUGUCGAUCGGGGAUCCUCCACCGGCCGGCCGGGGGAGAGGCGGGUGACACUGUAAGGCAAGGGAGGAGAGAGAGGAGGGAGAGACCAGGGCGGAGCUCCGAUAUGUCACGUGAUGACGAUUCUGUUCUACGAGACGGCAGCGUCGACUCCUCUGAAGCAUCCGACGAUGGCCCGAGAAAUGCGCCCGGUAACAUGCGACCCAGUAACGGUCGCCAGGGAAACCACAGCAACAGCAACAGUCCACGAAUGACAAGCUUUGCUGAGCGGCGAGACAGCAGAAGAAGACAUCCUGCUGCUGCUGGAGAGGAGUCUGCCUCUGCUGCGACACCAACAACCCCAGGAACUCCACAGACGCCUUCAACCCCAGCGGGAGCACCUGGACCCCAGGACAGCCCCGGCCCCAGGGGUCCCGAACCCGGCUCUGAGGCCUGGGAGCUGGGGGCUCGUCUGGAGGAAAAACGGAAAAGUAUUGAAGCCCAAAAAAGACGCAUCGAAGCCAUCUUUGCCAAACACAGACAGAGGCUUGGGAAAACUGCUUUCCUCCAACUAAAGAAAGAGCAAGGAGGAGGAGAGGGAGCAGGGGAGGAUACUUUCACCCUGGAGGAGCGCCUCACGUGCAUGGAGGAGCAACUGAAAAAGGAGGAGGAGAAGGAGGAGAAAGAAAAGACAGAGAAAGAAAAAGAUGGAGAUAAGGAGAAAGAGAAGCCAUCUGUUUCCAACCCUCCUCGGUUGGAGAAGCAGGUCACAUUCUCUAUCGAAAGCAAGAAAGGGGCAGAAAAGGAGAAAGGAGGUGAAGGUGUGAUUGUGGAGUACAACGAGGUGGUGCAGAAACUGAGUGAAGCUCUGCAGUCGCUGCAGAAGGACAUGCAGAAACUUACAGAGCAGCAGCAGCAGCUCAUGAGCAACCAAAGACCCAGGAAUGCAUCCAAGACCAGUGCAAAGUCGACAGCUAGAAGCAACCUCAAGACUCCACCCAGAACCCCCCCCCACACACCAACCAGGACUCCACCCAGAACCCCGACAAAGACUUCUACCAAGACCAACACCAAAGCUUGGGUGAUCCCAGCUGCUCCCACUCUCCCCUCCGCCUCCUCUCCGUCACGACGCUCUCACGCUCUCUCCACCUCGCCCAAAACCAUCAUCUCCUCCUCCUGCCCUGCUCCUCGCACCAAGAUCCACGCCUCCUCCACGCCGCGCAGCCCCAAACACCAGCAGCGCCCCCAAAACCAACGGCCCCACCCACGGCCUUCCGAACUCAAGUUCCCUAGCUGUCGCGUGUUGACGACGACCCAGACCGUCGACACCAUCCCCCACCUGCGCCGUGUGUCCCCGAGCAAGUGUCGGGAUCAAACCUCCUCUUCCUUCCGUAUCGGUGGUCCGAAGACUCCUCAGGAAUUCCCUCAGCCCGCCCAGCAGCCACAGCCGGAUGAGAGCACCUCAGAAACCGGCUCCAGCGAGACACCCACCCAGUUCAGCCUGGAGCUGGAGCAGGAGGAGCUGGAGGCGGUCGGAGGACUUCCGGUCGCUCCACAUCCCAGACGAGAGCAUCACAGACCUGCGUGUGGCAGCAGCUCCGGUGCUCCUUCCGAGUGCUCCUUCGAGAGCGAUACCUUGUCCCUCUCGGCGGCGUUCAGCAUCGCAGGCGCAGGGAAACGCUGCAGCCUGAUCGAGUCACUGUCAUCUCUUGGAGAGCCAGAGGAACGGCACGAGUUCUCCUCUGAUUCUAUGAGCGAUCACACGGAAUCUGCUGCGGAACCUGCAAGAGGACCCGUCCCAGAACCCUUCGAUCCUUUAGAGCAACUGAAUCACGCAACUGAAGCCGAGGAUUUGCCAGAAGAACCAACGGAAACCAAAGAGGACACAAGAGAGACAGAGACCUUAGAGCUGAGUGGAGAAGUGACUGAGCUGGAAACCAGAGGAGGAAUUGGAUUAUUCUUUCAGGAGGAGGUUCUUAGCGAGGGGGAGAUGGCCCAGAAGAAAGCUCUCCUGUUGGAAAGACAGCAGAAGAGAGCAGAGGACAUAAAGAAGAGGAGACAGCUGCAGGAGCAAGAGAGAGAGAGAGAUAACAGACCCGGGGAUUCUUACAAGAGAGCGUCUCCCUGCAACACACCUCCUCCGGGCACCACCUCCCCUUCCCCCACUCCUCCUGCUACUCCGGCCCGGUGGGGAGACUUCACGCGAGGGGAGCACGCACUGCGGCACCAGCUCAAGAUCAUGGAUGAUCUGGACAAAAUGCUGCGGCAGCAAAAAUCACCCAAUCAAGGACGAUCUUCUGCAAAGAAAACGCGCUCUCGGCCACGCAGCAUGACCAGAGAGGAAACACACCUGUCUCUGAGUCCCGCCAAGGGAGCAGCUGGCUCUAAAUUGACCAAAGUCUACUCUCACUCCUCCCUCAACCUGGCAGCCACGGACGAGCCAAGGAAACCUGGUGGUGACGCCACGAAGAAAGCUCACAGCCGCCCCGAGUCGCCUUUGGCCUGUGUGACACCGAGUCGACUGGCCAAUCAGAACAGAGACAAGGACUUGGAGAGCGGGUCCAAUGGAACCUCGCCCGCCCCAGAAUACACAGGUCCGAAGCUUUUCAAAGAACCGAGCUUCAAGUCGAACAAAUUCAUCGUUCACAACGCUCUGUCUCGCUGCUGCUUGGCGGGAAAGGUCAACGAGGCACAGAAGAACAAGAUAGUUGAGGAGAUGGAGAAGAGUCCGGCCAACCACUUCCUCAUCCUCUUCCGCGACACCAGCUGCCAGUUCAGGGGCGUUUACACCAUGAACCCCGACUCCCAGGAGCUGGUGCGAUUGGCCGGCGUGGGUCCACGGACCAUUAGCUCCGCCCAGGUGGAGUCCAUCUACAAGUACAGCUCGGACAGGAAGCAGUUCAGCGCCAUCCCCUCUAAGACCAUGGGCAUGAGCGUCGAUGCUUUCACCAUCCCCGGUCAUCUGUGGCACGGAGGAGGAGGAGCCGGGGGGGGAGGGACCAGGAGGGCGAGCAUUACUAAGAAGGCGGUUAUUUCUAAGUGAGGAAUUUAACACGACAUCACAGUGACAUGUGACUGAAGACAACACUUUAAUCUCACUAAAUAUAGUGAAUAUUUUAAAAAAGGUCACAUGCACACUGAUAAGCUUUUAGGAAUGUGUGUGCGAACACCUGUGUUGCCCUUGGACUUUACUAGAAAUACAAAAUAUGUACAAAAUAUUUCUACCCCCCCGUUCGUUAUGUGCAUGAAAACAUCAACGGCACAACUUUGUUUCCCCAACACAGAGAAUACAGACCCACUCAUGUCCAGAGUGUCCAGAAGAAAAGUGUUUUUUAAAGGUUUAACGGUUAAUUGCACAACGAAGAGUUACUUUUAAAAAGUCUCGUUACUUAUACUUUCAUUGUUUAAAGUACAAACUUGAAAACUUUAGAAGAAAUGGAAACUUUAUUCAGUUGUUUACUGAUAAACCCGGGGACUUUCACGAGACAUCAGAUGAGUCUCUGCUCCCGCUCUCGGCUUCCUGAGGUAGAAAAUCAGUUUUAUACAUUGAGCCAAACCCCCGGAGAGAAAAUGCCUUCACGUGUCAGAGUGACUGAAUCUUUCAUUUUGUACAAACCCUCGAGUUUAUUUCUACCCAACGUUUGUCAGCAGGUCGAUCAAAGCACAUUUGUUCCUGCAGAAUUGCGAUAGCCAUACGUUUACGACGCAGAGGAGCAGAGGUGAACUUUGUUUUUGUUUUUUUGGACCGAGUCAAAGAUCUGUAAACGUGUCGGGGGUUGAAUGAUUAUUCACUGUCUGUGAUAUAAGCUUCAAGUGAUAUCAAAGUAAGAGCUUGUGGUUUGAUGAUGUUGAUUAUGAGUAUAUAUACGUGUGAGCAACAGAUGCCAAUCGAAACAACUUUUAUACGCUGAGCUGAGAGUGUAAUGAAGAGGAUGUGUCAACAUUACAUUUAGAAAUACGUGGAUUGUCGCUCGCUGGGUCAGGGACGGGAUCUGAUCGUCAGUUUCCACUUUUGCAUCUGGUUCUAAGAAUUCCUGUUUUUGUUCAGCUCUAAGGAUCCUUUAUCGAAUCUCUCGUUCACAAUCUCACUUCGUCUUUGUGGAUUAGUUGGAUGGAAAAAGUGCGAUAAAGGGAAAAUGACAAAUCCCUGCCUUAAAUAUUCAUACAUCAUGUUAAAGGAGACAUAUUCCGCUCAAUCAUUUCAAUUUG